AUGCUGCCAAGCCGCACGGCAUCCGGCGCAGGGGAUGAGAUGGUGGUGAAACUGCAGCAGUACGGACAAUCAUCCGGCAGCGAAUGGAAAGGCGAAACCGUGAACGAAAUUUCAUUUCCACCGACAUUUUACCUGCAGCAUGUACCCAGGUACUUUGGUACAUUCUCUCCUCUCUUGAGAACCGUUGGCAGGCGUUGCACAACGGAAAGGAACUCUCCUGCGUAA